AUGGACUUCCCUGAGGCCGAAAGGGUGGUUCUCGACAUAGGGAAUGGGGGGUAUGAGACAUUUUCAGUAUCUUACCUUCUGGGUUGGAUUAUGGCCGGCGCAGGAAAGGUAGCCUCUCUACAGGAUAUCGUUGUCACCAGUAUCACGCUGAAAGGCCGACCGUCGGAUGUAAGAUUGACUAAGGAUGUCUGGACCAGACGUCUUCUGCACGGUCCUCAUAAAGGGAAAUUUCUGCAAAUCUGGGGUACCUAUUCGGAGACUUCCGUCGGUCGUACCGAUGCAUUGAACAGUCUGCUCAGCGGAUUCGGUUACUUCAAUAAUAAUGCAAAAGUUUCCAUACACGAUUUGAAGUUCUUUGGAGCGAAGUCUGGAUCGCGAGCUCGGCUACUAUCAACUCAUCAUUGA